GAAAAAGUGGGAAAUAUCCGUAUGGUCACGUGAGGGUCACGUGGGCCCUCAUUGUGGCACCGACGGGAACGGCAGUAUGAUGGGGCAGCGGUUGACAGAAUCAUAUAAGAAAACUGCCUCAGCGUAUUAGGCGUCGGCCUCUGCUGAGUGAAGAAAGUGGGGCAAUUCAUAGACUCUUUUUUUGGCUUGUUGAGAGUAAGGGAGCUUGAAUUUGAUGGAGGAUUUCAGAUCGAAAUCAUGUGGAGAUGGAAGAAUGCAGAUGGAAAGCUACCAUGGGGGAGGGGGAGGACCCACUUCCACUGGUAUGCAAGAUCUCAGGUGUUACAGUGCUUCAUAUGCUUAUCCACCCCAAGCCCAGAUGGGCAAUGACCCCAAGUUCAAGAAGGGCAAGUCCACUAAUGGGUCUCUCUCCAAGGCUUGGAGUUUCAGUGAUCCUGAGUUGCAGAGGAAGAAAAGGGUUGCCAGCUAUAAGGUCUAUGCUGUUGAGGGCAAGAUGAAGGGCUCUCUGAAGAAGAGCUUCAGGUGGCUCAAGGAUAGGUACACCAGAGUGAUCCAUGGGUGGUGAUCGUUUCUGCAGUACUUGGGUAUUAAUAUUAUCUUCUUCUCCUCUUCCUCUUCUUGAUACUGUAACUUAUGGAAUGUAUUACCAUUAUCUUUAAAUUUGGUGUUAAUGUUAGAAGAAUGGAGUUCCAUGCCUUGUUUCUUA